CUUUUCCGCUUCCUCAAAGAUUCUCCUAAACUCCGAGUCCUCAAUCUCGACCGCGCUUCUCGGUAUCAACGCUUUGACGAGUACGAGUACGAACGGACUAGCUGGGACAAUGAAUGGAGCGUGACUCCAAACUGUUGGUUGAAGACUCUUGAAACUUUCGAGUUUUCAGGGUGCAAGGGAAGACCACAAGAGAGAGAGCUUUCUUGAGCUUUUUCUUUACUAAUGCUCGUUGCCUGAAAUCUACAUCAAUCUUGCGCUAAGACUGAUGUUGAAACUUGAAAAAUGAUCUAAUAGUCGGUAGUUUUGGAGUGUGGAUCUUAGGUCUGUUUUGUUGUCCAGGAACUGGUGGGUUCUUUUAACCAUGGAUGUUCGAUUUGUAUUGGAGAAUGGAUGUUUGGUUUUGUUUUGUUGUCCAGGAAUUAGUAAAUGUGUAGUGUGUGACUUGCGACUCAAACCUCUUAUUAAAGAAGAUACCCAACUCAGGUUGUGUUUCUCUCUUGUUAAAUUAA